UAAGUAAUCUGACAGAAUGUUCUUUUACUAGGCUUUUGCUUGUGAAGAGCAUACAGCACUGCCACCUUGUUGCCAAAGUUUGGUCUGAUUUGAAUGUGCUUAAAAAAAAUCAAGUGAAUGCCUGUUGUGAACAAGAGCUUACUUUUUCUCUUUGUCAGUACUUGCAAAAACAACUUAAAAGAAGUUAGUAUCAUGGGACUGAAUUCCAUAAUUAGCAUAAUCAUGAUGCUGUGUAUUGUUCACCAGAGCACGCCCCUUGGCCAAAUUUCCCAUUAAGAGGACACCAGUGUUGUCCUAGUGAAUAAAUCCCGACACACACGAUGCAAAUCAGCGAGUUCCUGCCUGCCGCUGGGGUGCAGUUAAUUUUAGCCAGGGUUUGUUCUACGAGUUGUAAAACUGUUUACCCAAGUAGAAGUUAGUAAGCUGAAAUGUGACUUCUCCUCCUAACGUGAUAGGAUAUCUAUUUUAGACUUCAGAGAGUGUUCAUGAUCGGGAGAGCAGUCUUCUGAAGAAUUGCAGCUCAGAUUUCCUUUGAAAGUACUUGAGGAGACAUCACAGCUUUCCCAGAUUGGGAGGAAAAAUAUGGAAUGUGUUUUACCGCUGACUGAACACAACCAAAUGAACUGUACUGACAGUAGUUUGAAAACCAGCAGUUAGCAGUUUGUUCAGGCUCUAACAUUGUCCAGCACUUUCCAGAGCAAACUCACUGUUUACAAGAACUCUCAGCCUUACGACGUUUAUAACCUCAAGCUUCGUUUAUUGAAAAUAUUUCUGCAAAAGAAAAGUACCCAGAGCCCACUUUCCAAAAUGGCCAUGAAUGAAUAUUUGUGGAUGGUCAUUUUAGGUUUUAUCAUAGCUUUUAUUUUGGCAUUUUCUGUUGGUGCAAAUGAUGUUGCCAAUUCAUUUGGCACUGCUGUGGGCUCCGGCGUGGUGACCUUGAGGCAGGCGUGCAUUUUGGCUUCAAUAUUUGAAACCACAGGCUCGGUGUUACUGGGAGCCAAAGUAGGGGAGACCAUUCGUAAAGGUAUCAUCGAUGUGAACCUAUACAACGAGACAGUAGAAACACUAAUGGCCGGGGAAGUUAGCGCAAUGGUCGGUUCAGCUGUUUGGCAGCUGAUUGCAUCCUUCCUGAGACUUCCGAUCUCAGGAACUCAUUGCAUCGUUGGUGCGACUAUAGGAUUCUCACUUGUUGCAAUUGGCACAAAAGGUGUGCAAUGGAUGGAGCUUGUCAAGAUUGUUGCUUCUUGGUUUAUAUCUCCACUGUUGUCUGGUUUCAUGUCUGGCAUGCUGUUUGUACUGAUCAGAAUUUUCAUCUUAAAAAAGGAGGACCCUGUUCCCAAUGGCCUGCGGGCACUCCCAGUGUUCUAUGCGGCUACAAUAGCGAUAAAUGUCUUUUCCAUCAUGUACACAGGAGCACCAGUGCUCGGUCUGGUCCUUCCCAUAUGGGCGAUAGCGCUCAUCUCCUUUGGUGUGGCACUGCUGUUCGCCUUUUUUGUGUGGCUCUUUGUGUGUCCAUGGAUGCGAAGGAAAAUAGCAGCUAUAAAUUUUUUGUUUCAUGUCCAAAGCAAAUUACAGAAAGAAGGUGCUUUAUCGCGAGUCUCUGAUGAAAGCCUCAAUAAAAUUCAGGAAGCGGAGUCCCCCGUAUUUAAAGAACUACCAGGUGCCAAGGCUAAUGACGACAGCACUGUCCCUCUCACGGGGUCGGCUGGGGAGACCUCGGUGGCCCCGGAAGGCACAUCAGUGGGCGGCCACCCCCGGGCCACUUAUGGAAGGGCACUUUCCAUGACUCAUGGCUCCAUAAAAUCGCCCAUCUCCAAUGGCACGUUCGGCUUUGACGGCCACAGGAGGAGCGACGGCCAUGUGUAUCACACUGUGCACAAAGACUCGGGGCUCUACAAAGACCUGCUGCAUAAAAUUCACACAGACAGGGGCCCCGAGGAGAAGCCUGCACAAGAAAACAACUACAGGUUCCUGCGGCGGAAUAACAGUUACACUUGCUACACAGCGGCCAUUUGUGGAUUGCCAGUCCACUCGACUUUCAAAGCCGCUGACUCGUCUGCACCAGAGGACAGUGAAAAGCUGGUGGGUGACACUGUGUCCUAUUCUAAAAAGAGACUUCGCUAUGACAGCUACUCAAGCUACUGCAAUGCGGUAGCGGAAGCUGAGAUAGAGGCGGAGGAGGGAGGUGUGGAAAUGAAGUUGGCAUCUGAGCUGACAGAUCCCGACCAGCCUCGAGAGGACCCCGUGGAAGAAGAGAAAGAAGAGAAAGACACCCCUGAGGUCCACCUCCUGUUCCACUUUCUGCAAGUCCUCACUGCCUGUUUCGGAUCCUUCGCACACGGCGGCAAUGAUGUGAGUAAUGCCAUAGGUCCCCUGGUAGCUUUGUGGCUGAUUUAUGAACAAGGUGCAGUUCUACAAGAAGCAGCUACGCCCGUCUGGCUGCUGUUUUACGGAGGCGUCGGAAUUUGUAUGGGGCUCUGGGUCUGGGGAAGAAGAGUGAUCCAGACCAUGGGGAAAGACCUCACUCCAAUCACGCCAUCCAGCGGCUUCACCAUCGAACUGGCCUCCGCGUUCACGGUGGUGAUCGCCUCCAACGUGGGGCUCCCCGUCAGCACCACGCACUGCAAGGUGGGCUCUGUGGUGGCUGUGGGCUGGAUCCGCUCCCGGAAGGCUGUGGACUGGCGCCUCUUCCGGAACAUCUUCGUGGCCUGGUUUGUGACAGUCCCCGUGGCUGGGUUGUUCAGUGCUGCUGUCAUGGCUCUCCUCCUGUACGGGAUCCUCCCGUAUGUGUGAUUUGUCUUCUUCCGGCCAGUGAACAAGGGAUAGUCUGGCGUGGGAAGGUGUGUGCCCACAUUUCACACACGUGCACGUGUCCCGCCCAUGCAUGGGCUGUUUCUCAACCAGCUUCUCCAUGCACCCUCCGGUGGUUCCAAACCACACUGCUUACCUAGGCGGUAGCGAGUCAUCCUCCAGAGCUAACUUAACUACUGUACAUAAUAAUGUGCAUUAAACUGGUAUCGUGGUGAUAUAACGUGGUGCAGUUACUUAUAUAUUAAAUAUAUAUAUACUGUAUACAUAGAAUAGGUAGCAUUAUUUCAAAUAUAUUCAAAAUGGGAGUGGAGAUAAUUGCCUAGAAUUCAAUAUUCAACAAAUCUUUGUACAUAGUGAUUUCAGUGGCAAAUUUUGAGAACCUUUUAAAAGGAAAGCCUAGUUUGGAAAUGCUGUUUUUCUCAUUUAGUAUACUGUAAGAUAACUGAGGUACGGGCUUGAUGAUGCAGAUUUGGGAACGUGUACGUAUGUUGGAGCGCUGUUGAAUAAUACUGGAACCGGAGUUCACCAGUGCUUUCACUGAGGAGUUUGUUCAUAUACUGUGUAUUGAUUAUGUAAUAUAUCAUAAUUGCUUCUGUAAAUACUUAAAA